AUGGCUCCCGAUCUAAUUCAAAACGCGAACAAUAUUCUAAACAGUUCUAGUGAUAGUUUUAUAAAUCAACUUGUUGCAAGUAAUUCUUAUAGCCUAAGCCGUACAGAGCUUGUUGUAAAUAGCAGAAUUUUUGACAUAAAACUGAAUAGUGGAAAGGAAAAAAUUAUAGAGCUUGGCGCCGGAGGCUCUAAAAUUGAAAUAACGAAGCUGGAUAAAAAGAUGCUUCAUCAAGUGACACGCCCAAAAGUUCUGAAAAACCACGAGUCCAAGGAAUAUUUGUAUGAUCGACUGUACGAUACCAGAUGCCCGAGAGUACCCACGCUAUGCAACGAGAGGGCAUGCCUUGGAAGUUUGAUGGCGAUUCCGGGUCGCGGUGACGUGCCAAGAAACCCUGAAGAGGUCCUUAACGAUGCUAAGGACUUUCUUGGACAGUAUUUUGCGUCUAUACGUAGGGCCAAUACACCAGCUCAUGAAGCAAGAUGGAAAGCGGUCCAAGAAGAAGUUGCAAAGACAGGAACGUAUCAAUUCACCACCACUGAAUUAGUAUUUGGAGCUAAGCUUGCAUGGAGAAAUGCUAGCAGAUGUAUUGGCAGAAUACAGUGGUCCAAGUUACAGGUAUUCGAUUGCAGACAGGUGACUACAACCAGCGGGAUGUUUGAAGCUCUCUGCAAUCAUAUUAAAUAUAGCACAAACAAAGGAAACAUAAGGUCAGCUAUUACUGUAUUCCCACAACGUACGGACGGUAAGCACGAUUACAGGAUAUGGAAUAGCCAGUUAAUAAGCUACGCCGGCUACAAGCAACCGGAUGGCACAGUACUGGGAGAUCCGAUGCAUUGCGAAUUCACAGAGUUGUGUCUCAAGCUGGGAUGGAAACCGCCCCGAACCGCCUGGGACAUAUUGCCGCUGGUGUUGUCUGCUAAUGGAAAGGAUCCGGACUACUUUGAGAUCCCUCGGGACCUUGUCAUGGAAAUACAGAUGACCCAUCCGACAUACGAAUGGUUCGAAGAACUAGAACUACGUUGGUACGCCUUACCCGCGGUCUCCAAUAUGCGAUUCGAUUGCGGGGGUAUCGAGUUCACUGCGAACGCUUUCAACGGCUGGUACAUGAGCACUGAAAUAGGAUGUCGCAACUUUUGCGACAACAAUCGUCUUAAUAUGCUGGAAAAAGUUGCACAGAAAAUGGGUCUGGAUACAAGAACGCCGGUGAAUCUGUGGAAAGACAAGGCUCUAGUGGAAGUGAACGUUGCGGUCCUACAUAGCUUCCAACAACAAAAUGCUACAAUUGUGGACCACCACACAGCCUCGGAGAGUUUUAUCAAGCAUUUAGACAAUGAGAAUAGAUUGCGCUCUGGUUGUCCAGCAGACUGGAUUUGGAUUGUACCGCCAAUGUCAUCAUCAAUUACACCAGUAUUUCAUCAAGAGAUGGCACUGUAUUACUUACGACCCGCCUAUGAAUAUCAGGAACCAGCUUGGAAGACGCAUCAGUGGCAAAAAUCGAAGCCGAUAAGUGGAAAGCGGGCUAUUAACAGAAAAUUUCACUUCAAGCAAAUUGCACGCGCCGUCAAAUUCACAUCAAAACUAUUUGGCAGAGCUCUCUCUAAGAGGAUUAAAGCAACGGUUCUGUACGCAACCGAGACUGGAAAGUCUGAGCAGUACGCUAAGGAGCUAGGGGUCAUUUUUGGCCAUGCUUUCAAUGCUCAGGUACACUCUAUGGCGGAUUAUGAUAUAACAUCUAUAGAACAUGAAGCAUUACUACUUGUUGUGACCUCGACAUUUGGAAAUGGCGAUCCACCAGAAAACGGCGUGGCGUUUGGUGAACAUCUGUGCGAAAUUUUAUACGCUGAUCAAGUUGCAGGAGAAGAAUCCACUGGGAGCUCACACGUGCUGACACCAAAGUCUUUUAUUAAAGUUAACAGUCAACUUGAACUUCAACGCUUUGCCUCUAGUAAUCCGAAACAACUGAGCAGAUUGGAAUCCCUAAAAGGAAGUGCAAAUGAUGCCACUUCAAUUGAUAAUUUUGGUCCAUUAAGCAAUGUGCGCUUCGCCGUAUUUGCUCUUGGAUCAAGCGCUUAUCCAAACUUUUGCAACUUUGGCAAAUAUGUGAACAAGUUGCUUGGUGAUCUUGGUGGUGAGCGAAUUCACGAAAUUGCCACUGGAGAUGAAAUGUGUGGUCAAGAUCAAGCUUUCCGGAAAUGGGCCUCUAGCGUAUUUAACGUAGCAUGUGAAACUUUCUGCUUAGACGACGAUGAGACUCUGCAAGAGGCAAAAAGAGCUUUAGGCUCUGUUACGUUAAGUGAGGAAACAGUAAGAUUUACACGUCCAACUGGUCGCCCUUUAGCAUUACCGGCAGCGUUGCAAUCUGCAUUGAACCGACAACUAGUGAUUUGCGUUGUCAAAGCUAACAAGGAUUUGGGCGAUUCUACGGCGGAAAGAUCUACAAUAUUUAUAGAUUUGGAACCAAAGAAUGAAAUCAAAUACGAUCCGGGAGACCACGUUGGUAUUAUUGCUUGUAAUCGUAAGGAGUUAGUUGAUAAUUUAUUGGCGCGAUUGAAAGACGUUAGCGAUUAUGAUGAGCCCGUGCAAUUACAACUAAUGAAAGAGACUCACACUUCAAGUGGACCUGUUAAAUCUUGGGAGCCACAUGAAAAACUACCUGCUGUAAGCGUACGAGAACUGUUUACGCGAUUCUUAGAUAUAACUACUCCACCAACCACAAUUCUUUUGCAAUAUUUAGCGAAGACUUGUGAAAAUGAAGACGAACGAAGGCAACUAAACCUUCUGGCAACAGACCCCGCAGCCUAUGAAGAUUGGCGUCAUUUUCAUUUCCCGACACUUUCUGAAGUAUUAGAUCAAUUUCCAUCGGCCAUGCCAAGUGCAUCUUUGUUGGCUGCCUUAUUAUCUCCAUUGCAGCCAAGGUUCUAUUCGAUCUCAUCUUCUCCUAUUGCUCAUCCAAAACGAUUACAUCUUACCGUUGCUGUGGUUACGUAUAGAACACAAGAUGGUGAAGGUCCUGUCCAUUAUGGUGUUUGCUCAAAUUAUCUUAUGGAUCGUAAACCCGGCGAUGAGAUUUAUCUAUUCAUACGAAGUGCUCCAAAUUUCCAUCUACCACAAGAUUUAUCAGUUCCUCUUAUACUGAUUGGCCCUGGAACUGGUAUAGCACCAUUCCGAGGAUUUUGGCACCACCGUAAAGCUCAACUAAACUCCCGAACACGUUCUUCCGCCGGUCCUGUCUGGUUGUUCUUUGGUUGUCGAACAAGAACAAUGGACUUGUACAGAGAAGAAAAAGAGCAAGCACUUAAAGAAGGUGUACUGUCGAAAGUUUUUCUCGCACUAUCACGGGAGAAAAAUAUUCCGAAAAUGUAUGUACAAGAAUUGGCAGAAAAUGAAGGUUUUGAAAUAUACGAUCUGCUGGUUAAUCGAGGCGCGCAUUUCUAUGUCUGUGGUGAUUGCAAAAUGGCCGAGGACGUUCAUCAGAAGUUAAAAGGAAUAAUCAAAAAGCAUGGCGGAAUGACCGAUGAACAAGUUCAGAGUUUUAUGUUUUUACUUAAGGAAGAAAAUCGCUACCACGAAGACAUAUUCGGCAUCACACUACGUACUGCUGAAGUACACAGCGCUUCUCGGGAAUCAGCUCGAAGGAACCGCGUGGCUGCCCAACCAUGA